AUGGGUCUGCCUCAGGGCUUGGAAGGUUAUAAUGCUAAAGUCGGGGGGUUCCGGGAUGCCGAGUAUCCCAUGCUGAAAGAUUCCGUCUAUCUCGACCAUGCAGGUACAACUUUAUACCCAAAGUCCCUGAUAGACCGUUUUUCCAGUGAGAUGACGAGUAGCCUUCUCGGGAAUCCACACUCAAUCUCGCCCUCUUCUCAGCUGUCUACUCGCCGCAUUGAAGAUACUCGACUUCGGGCCCUGCAAUUUUUCAAUGCCAAUCCUGGGGAAUUCGAUCUGGUCUUCGUCGCCAACGCAACCGCCGCGAUUAAGCUGGUGGCUGAGGCGUUGAGGGCCACCCCAGGUGGUUUCGACUAUGUCUAUCACCAGGCGUCUCACACCAGCCUUGUUGGUGUCCGGGCAGAGGCUCGGGAAAGCUUUUGUCUCGACGAUGUUCAGGUUGAGGACUGGCUCGAUGGCGGCGGUCUUUUUCCUGUUGAGGGAAGACCCUCGUCAACGUUGCUCUUCGCUUAUCCUGGACAGUCAAACAUGGACGGUAGCAGGUAUCCACUGGAAUGGUCAGGUCGCGCGCGGAGCCUUGAGAAAUGUCCUGGUGGCGGUGCCCUCUUCACCCUCUUGGACGCUGCAGCGCUGGCGGCGACAUCUCCAUUGGAUCUUGGCGACUCCCAAACAGCACCAGACUUCACAGUGGUCAGCUUCUCCAAGAUCUUCGGCUUCCCAGAUAUGGGCGCCUUGAUCGUCAGACGGCAGGCAGAGCCCGCCUUUGCCUUCAGGAAGUAUUUUGGCGGAGGCACUGUGGAGACAGUCGUAUGUCAUAAGGAGCAGUGGCAUGCACCCAAGGAACAUCGUCUUCACGAGCGUCUCGAGGAUGGCACCUUGCCUGUUCAUAGCAUCAUUGCUCUCGAUGUCGCCAUGCGUACGCACCAGGAGCUGUUCGGUUCCAUGAGAGACACGGCUUCGCACGUCUCCAGCCUGACGAAACGUUUGUAUGCCGGGCUUAAGGGUCUGCUUCAUUGCAACGGGACGCGAGUCUGCACUAUCUACUCAACAGAGGCCGCGGAGGUUCGAUCAUCCACAACAAACCCCUCUCCUGGCCCCAUUAUAGCAUUCAACAUACGCAAUCACGCCGGUGCAUGGAUCUCCCUCGCUGAAUUUGAGAAGCUAGCAAGCUUGAAAAGCUUCCAUAUCCGAACAGGAGGGGUAUGCAAUCCGGGAGGCAUCGCCUCAGCCCUAAAGCUUCAACCCUGGGAGAUUAGGCGGAACUUCUCAGCCGGGUUUCGUUGCGGAUCUGAGGGUGAUAUCAUUGCUGGGAAGCCCACUGGGGUGGUCAGGGCGAGCCUGGGUGCGAUGAGCACCGUAGCAGACGUUGACAGAUUUGUCGCAUUUGUUGACGAGUUUUAUCGCGAUAGAUACUUGUCGUUUGAGAUACCGCGUGAGGAUCGUCUUGUCACGACAAAGGCAGUCCACGAUAUGUACGUCUCGGACAUAUCUGUUUAUCCUAUCAAAAGCUGCGCUGGAUUUCUAGUCCCAAGGAAUACCGACUGGGAAGUCCGGCCUGAGGGUCUUGCCUGGGACCGGGAGUGGUGUCUACUUCACCAAGGCACGGGGCAAGCAUUAAGCCAAAAGCGCUACACCAACAUGGCUCUUAUCCGACCUGUGUUGGACUUCCAAUCGGGAUAUUUGAUAGUAACAUAUGCUGGACGAAUGCCUGAUCAAGCACAGCCCAAGGAGAUCAGAGUACCGUUGUCAUCGAACCCGGCGCUCUUCCGACCUGCACCUUCACCAUCUGCUCCCCAUCAGUCUCUCUCGAGCCGUGUCUGCGGUGAGGAAAUCCUAGCCCAAACAUACGUCCCAGAGGAGAUCAACAAUUUCUUCUCAGCUGUGCUCGGGGUGCCAUGCGUGCUUGCACGGUUCCCAGCCGGCGGGCAGGAGGACGACAAGAGCGCAAGACAUUCCAAGGCCCACCUGCAGAAGCACCAAAAACACUACUCCUCGAGCAACGACACAACAGGCACCUCCUCGUAUCGGCCCAUGCGCCUCUCUGCUGACCCCCCUUCACCACCAGAUUCCGACGUCGAGGACAAGGGGCGGCGGAGGAUCCUACUCUCGAACGAGUCACCCAUCCUCGCUGUCAGUAUGGUUAGCUUGCGGGCCCUCAACAGGGAGAUUGUCGGUCGUGGCGGCAGGGAGGUCUCUGCUGCAGUGUUCAGAGCGAACAUCGUCCUCGACACUGCCGCCCUACCAGGUGAUGGCACGGGUACCUUCAAGGACACCGAAAUGGCCUACGCCGAGGAUAAUUGGUCCAGCAUACGCAUCGGACAGCAGGCAUUCAAGAUGCUUGGAUCCUGUCGGCGCUGCCACAUGGUCUGUGUCAACCAGGAGACGGGAGAGAAAGGGGAGGAGCCAUUCGUGACGCUGUCCAAGACGAGGAGGUUUGAUGGCAAGGUCUUCUUUGGCACACAUAUGUGCCACGUACAGCAGCAAGAGGGACAGAACCCGACUGUUAGGGUUGGCGAUCGAGUCACAGUUGAGUGA